CACAUUAAAGAAGCAAAAACAUUAUCCUCAGGCAGUGGUGGACUAGUGGAGUAUAGCUUAAAAGUGCAGAAGCAAAGUGAGAAAAUGGACGGGGUGACGCAAUUAGCCCUUCCAGUGCUGGGAAUUGUAGCAGCUGCUGCUGCUACCUUUUAUGUCGUCAGCUUUUCUGAGAUAAGAGAGAAAUCAUUUAGAGAUUUAGAAGAUUCAGAGUAUGAAAAAGGAGGAUUCGAUUCUUAUGUAAGCUCUAGGAAAAGGCGUGCCAUAAGAAAAGCGGAGAAGAAGGCCAAAAAUUGACUACUUUACCCGUUCCAUUAGUAUUCCAAAAACGCUUUUGCUUUAAUUGGCAAAAUUUUCAGUAACUUGGUUCGAUGUUAUUUAGUUUUAAACUUUUAAAUUACGAAGAAAGAGUUUAUGAGAGAACAAAGGCCCUUGUUGGUUAGCAAA